AUGGCAGAUCAAUCAUAAGCUGAAUAUUUGAACUUAAAAGUUAAAUCUCAAGAUGGUGAAGAAGUAUUCUUCAAAAUCAAAAAGUAAACUCAAUUCAAGAAACUGAUGGAUGCUUAUUGCUCAAGAUAAAAUGUAAAUAUGAAGUAAAUAUUUUAGCUUCAAAUCUAAAAUGUAAGAUUCUUAUUUGAUGGAGAAAGAAUAUUAGAGACAUAAACUCCAGCUGAUGUUAAAAUAAUAUGAUAUAUAUUAGAUUGGAAUGGAGACAGGAGAUGAAAUUGACGUUGUUAUAGAGUAGGUAGGAGGUAUGAAAAGUUGGUGAAUAAAUAUUAUUAUUUUAUAGUAUAUAAUUUUAUGCUUGUUUUUUUUCAUGCUCUCACAGAUCGCUAUCAGAAAAAGUGAUUUUAAGUGAUAUAGCAAAUCUGACCCUUUUUUAUAAAGAUAACUUGUUGAUAUCUUAAAUGUAAUAUAUAAGAUUGUGACUAAAAAUUGGCUGAUUUAUAAAUAUGAUAUAAAGUAUAAGCAAAAUAGAUUAAGAUCAUAAAUGGAUAUAUAACUUCGAUCAGAAGGUAUCUAAAGUAGAAUUUAUUUUAUGAAACCUUAUAAAGAUGGUAAUUUUUAUUUUCUAAUCAUGAAUUACGUGUUACAAAAUUAUUUAAUUGAGGAGAUAUUUCAGAUGAUUUCAAUAUCUUGUUCAUGA